CCCUUCCGCUCUUCCUUCUUCACUCCUUGCCUCGCUUCGGCUGCUUUUGGCGGAGGCUCCUCGGCGAGAAGGAGGCGCGCACCCAGAGCCUUGCCCCUUUCCUUGCCUUUUCCCCGGCCGCUCCCUCUUUCCCAGGAAGCAGCAGCAGCAGCAGCAAGGAAGGAAGGCAGACAGACAGGAAGGCUCCCGAGACGCUCCUCUCCCGCCAUGUCCGACGGCGAGAAGCUCAACCUGGACUCCAUCAUCGGGCGCCUCUUGGAAGUACAAGGCUCACGCCCAGGCAAGAAUGUACAGCUGACAGAAAAUGAGAUCCGCGGCCUAUGCCUGAAGUCACGGGAGAUCUUCUUGAGCCAGCCCAUCUUGUUGGAAUUGGAAGCCCCACUCAAGAUAUGUGGUGACAUCCACGGCCAAUACUAUGACUUGCUCCGACUCUUUGAAUAUGGAGGCUUCCCGCCAGAGAGCAACUACCUCUUUUUGGGUGACUAUGUGGACCGAGGGAAGCAGUCACUGGAGACCAUCUGCCUGCUCCUGGCCUACAAGAUUAAGUACCCUGAGAACUUCUUCCUGCUGCGUGGAAACCACGAAUGUGCCAGCAUCAACCGCAUCUAUGGUUUCUAUGAUGAAUGUAAAAGACGCUAUAACAUCAAGCUUUGGAAGACCUUCACAGACUGUUUCAACUGUCUGCCCAUUGCUGCCAUUGUGGAUGAGAAGAUUUUCUGCUGCCAUGGAGGUCUCUCGCCUGACCUCCAGUCCAUGGAACAGAUCCGGCGGAUUAUGAGACCCACAGACGUACCCGACCAGGGUCUGCUCUGUGAUCUGCUCUGGUCUGAUCCUGAUAAAGAUGUACAGGGCUGGGGCGAGAAUGACCGUGGGGUCUCAUUCACGUUUGGCUCGGAGGUUGUCGCCAAAUUUCUCCACAAACAUGACCUGGACCUGAUCUGUCGAGCGCAUCAGGUCGUAGAAGAUGGAUAUGAGUUUUUUGCCAAAAGGCAGCUGGUGACACUUUUUUCUGCCCCAAACUACUGUGGCGAGUUUGACAAUGCAGGUGCAAUGAUGAGUGUGGACGAGACUCUUAUGUGCUCCUUUCAGAUCUUGAAACCAGCUGACAAGAACAAGGGCAAAUAUGGCCAGUUCAGUGGCCUGAACCCGGGAGGGCGCCCGGUCACUCCGCCACGCAACUCGGCAAAAGCCAAGAAGUAACUUGCCCUGCCUGUCCCCCUUCCUAGCUGUAGGUGUGGGGCCCAGGCUGUCUUGCGUAGCGGUGACACUGUACAGCGGCUGCUUACCUCCCCAGGGCCCAGCCAUGUAAUUUUUUUAAAUGUCUGAAUAAGAAUUCAAUACCAAAAAUUCUGCUCCCCUGGGAAUAGGGGAUGUCUUUAUUUUUGGGGGUAUUUUUGAUUGACUUUUUUGCCAACUUUGUCCCGAUGUGUGCUCCCCUCUCCCCCAUGGGGGGUACUACAUCUUUUUCAAUAAACGUGUAAGAUUCUUA